CCAACUCAAGUCAUUGCCAUCAAAUCAUCCAUCAAUAGCAACUACAUACAAUAAUAUGGGAUCCGCUUUAAAUGCAAAAGGCGAAUACGAUAAAGCAUUAGAGAAUUAUGAAAGGGCACUUGAAAUCCAACUCAAGUCAUUGCCAUCCGAUCAUCCAUCAUUAGCACUUACAUAUAAUAAUAUGGGAUUAGCUUUAACGACAAAAGGUGAAUACGAUAGAGCAUCAGAGAAUUAUGAAAGGGCACUUGAAAUUCAACUCAGGUCAUUGCCAUCCAAUCAUCCAUCAUUAGCAACUACAUAUAAUAAUACUGGAUUCGUUCACCAUGAGAAAGGUGACUACGAUAAAGCAUUAGAGAAUUAUGAAAGGGCACUUGAAAUCCAACUCAAGUCAUUGCCAUCAAAUCAUCCAUCAUUAGCAACUAUAUAUAAUAAUAUGGGAUUAGCUUUAACGACAAAAGUAGUCCGACAAACGACAGGACUGUUAAAACAUUUGAAGCAGAAUGAUACAUUGUGGCUACGAUUUGAUGUAAAUAAAACUGGAAUUUAUUCACUUUCAGAGUCCAAAUCUCUUUUGCAAGUGAAACUUGGAGAAGAUGUCGACGAUGUUCAAACACGUGAUAAAGUAGCAAUUAUUCAUAAUGAAAAACUCUACCAUAUUGAAACAAAAUAUUUGUUUUUUGUUGAUCCAUGUGACGAUGAGACAGUUAUACCAGUAAAAACUCGAGUAUUAAUUCGAACAUUAGAUAACCGACAAAAAAUUGUCUUGUCAUUUGGUUUUAUUGGUGAAAGUCCAGCGAAUUAUAAUCACUAUCGUCAUCUUAUUAUUUUUGAUAAUUUAUCUGCCACUUAUCAUGAGAACAUGGGUGAAAUUCAUCUUUCUCUUGCUAGAGAUUUUUCAUGCCAUUUACCACAUCUUAAUUUGUCUUCGAGAAUAUUUUUCAGACAAUAUUUUGAUUAUAUAUUAUCAUCUACAAAAGUAAUACCAACAAUUAAUUUUCCAAUCAAUACGAUUAUUCGUGUUAAACAUGCUGGAAAUUAUCAUAAUGCGCGUAUUAUAGAAAAAGAUUGUUCAAUGAUUAAAGUGAAAUUUUUUGAACGAAAAUCUCAGUUGGAAAUAUGGAUAUAUUCUGGAGCAAUAGUAAUUGAACAAAUUGAUCAACAAUUUUAUUCAAAUCACAAACAUGAAGUAUCUAAAGAAUCUUCUAUUAAAACAACAACAUCUGCUGUUGCAAAUCAUUGUUCACUUAUUCCGGUCGUCUCAUUAUUAAAUCAUCAACAACUCAAUUCAUCAUCUAUGACAGGAGUUUUACCGCCAUGUCAAAAUGUGACGACCAUAACAUUUUCUACUAGUUCUAGUCCAUUAGCAACUCUUUGUCAUCUUUCUGAUUUAACUGAUCGAAAACGGAAGUUAUAUGAAAGUAUUGAGAAACAUACGUUGAUUACUACACGAUCAACAAUAAUAACGGCAUCGUUGCCAUUGUUUUCAAGACAUAUUUGUUCUAAUUUAUGUGUGAUCAAUGCUGAAAAACAAUUGGAUUCAUCAGAUAUAAAUCCAUUUAGUUUACCAAUACAAUAUGGAUGGAAAUUUUUUGAAAUAAUCAUACCCAAUGAUCAAAAAUCACGAGAAAAAAAAUAUGUACGAAAAAAUUUGAAAAAAAAUUUUAUAUUUCGUUCACCAUGUGGUUUAUCAUUUUUUCAACUAAGUGAAGUUGAACAUUAUUUAUAUCAAACAAAAUCAAAAUUAUCUAUCAAAUAUUUUUUCGAUGAUAAAUUAACGACAUUAAAUCAAUAUUUUCAAUAUAAUAAAUCAUUUAUUCUUAAAAAAGAUUUAUCCGAUAGUGUUGAACAAAUAAAAAUAAGCGUUUAUAAUGAUCUUGAUCAGUCAUUACCAAUACCAUUUGAAUAUGGUAAAUAUCGUCGUAUGAACGAUAAAAAUAAACCAGUUGUAUUUAAUAAUGAUGAUAUGACAUGUUGUGGUUGUGUUGAUAAUUGUUCGGAUCGGUCAAAAUGUGCGUGCCAUUUAAAAACAUUGGAAAAAGCAAAAUUAUAUAAAGAUCAUAGUUUUGAGACAUGGAAAAAACUUGGAUAUUCAAAUAAAUGGAUAAUAAAUCAUCUUGGUUACGUAAAUCAACGAUUAAAUCAGGUUGUCUCAUCUGGUAUUUAUGAAUGCAAUAAGCAAUGUAAAUGUCAUCAACAACAAUGUACAAAUCGUCUAGUACAAAAUGAAUUAUUUUUACAAUUACAACUGUUUAAUUCAGUGGAUAAAGGAUGGGGAAUUCGAACAUUAUAUGAUAUACCUCGAGGAACAUUUAUUACUUAUUACAGCGGUGAACUCUGUACUAAUAAAGAAGCAAAUAAUCGUGAUUUUAGAUAUCAAGCUGAUCUUGAUUUUUUUAAACAAUAUGUUAAUAAAAAAAUGACUGCUAAUGAACAAAAUGAGAGUGUUAACGAUGAUGAAUCCGAUGUUAACAAUAAGAGUCAAAUAGAAAGAGAUAAACAAGAAAAUCAACAAACGUCUUAUAAACGACGAGGUCCACUAACAACAGAGAAAGCUACUGUAAUUGUUGAUGACAGUGAUGAUGAUAACGAUGGUUAUACGAUUGAUGCAAAACAUUAUGGUUGUGUCUCGAGAUUUUAUAAUCAUAGCUGUUCACCCAAUAUAAUGGUUCAAAAUGUUUUUAUUGAAACACAUGAUAUUCGUUUUCCAUGGAUUGCUUUAUUUGCCAAAGAUAACAUUAAAUCUGGUGAAGAACUUUGCUGGGAUUACAAUUAUGAGAUAAAUGCAAUUCCUGGAUUAGUUAUUGAAUGCAAAUGUCGCUCAAGUCAAUGUCGUGGACGUUUAUUGUGA